AUGGCUGAGCCGACAAACACUCCAAUGCCUGGGUCAACGCCCAUCCCAGGGUCGACGCCGCGCUCGGCGUCCCCAGCACCUCCGUUACCCUCCUUCGCCCAAGGGUCCUCGGCCAACGGUCUAGCGCAAAGGUUCGCAAGGCCAAUUGUCCUUCACAUCGGCGACCCGGUCAGGUUCAACCCAAUGACCUACGCUUCCUUCUCCGACAUGUUCCAGGUGGUCAGGCCCGAGGUCGAGGAGCGCAAGCGCCCGGAGUUCAUACGAGCUCUGCGUGAGGAGCGCUGGGGCCAGUUCUCAGCAAUCUUUAGGCCAUUCUGGGGCACGGGCGGAGAGAUGGGCAAGUGGGAUCGAGAGCUCAUCGAUCUCCUGCCCGACUCGUGCCGCGUCUUCGCGAGUGCCGGCGCGGGCUUCGACUGGGUGGACACUAAGGCGCUGGGAGAGAAGGGUAUCAUCUACUGCAACUCUGGGCUUGCGGCUGCCGAAGCUGUAGCCGACUUCGCGGUAGCCAUGGUCAUCUCCACGUUCAGGCAUCUGCCGUGGUGCAUGGGCGCUGCAAACAUGGCCAGAGACUCGACCGGCGGAACCGAUCUGCUGUUCAACACAUGCCAUACCCAAGCGACCAGCGCUUCGCACAAUCUCCGGCACCACACCCUAGGGCUGAUUGGCCUGGGCAAUAUCGGACAGCAGCUAGCGAACAAACUCGGCUGCCCUGCCUUUGGAAUGCAGAUACACUACUACGACGUAGUCCGCAAGUCCACAGAGGUCGAAACGAGACUCGGCGCCACGUUCCAUGAAACGCUUCCGAGCCUCUUACAUGUGUCCGACUGUGUCGUGGUCUGCGCACCGGCUGGCAGGCACGGAGAGCCACUGAUGACCAAGGAAAUGCUGGGACACAUGAAAGAGGGGUCGAGGUUCGUCAACAUCGCGCGAGGUUCCCUGGUGGACGAAGAGGCCCUCAUACAAGCACUCGAGAAAGGCAGGAUAUCCACCGCCGCCCUCGAUGUGUACUCGCACGAGCCCAAGAUCAGCCCGAGGCUACUGGAUCUUGCGAGCCCCUCGCCCACCACCGAGGUCCAUCCAGGCAGAGUCAUGCUGACGUGCCAUAAUGCUGGCGGGACCGUCGAGACGCAUGUUGGAUUCGAGGAGCUGAGCAUGAGGAACAUCAUGGCUGUGCUCAGGGGGGAAGAGGCCAUCACUCCUGUGAACUUGCAGUAUCUCAAGAGACCUGAGAAACGACUCGAGUUAACGGAUGAGGAUUAG